CUUCCUUUCUCUCCACCAACAAUUGAUAAUGGAGCAGGGCCUCCCUCCUGGCUUCAGGUUUCACCCAACCGAUGAAGAACUCAUCGUGUAUUACCUCUCUAACCAAUACACAUCAAAUCCAUGCCCUUAUUCUAUCAUCCCAGAAGUUGAUAUCUACAAGUUUGAUCCUUGGGACUUGCCUGAGAAAGCAGAGUUUGGAGAGAAAGAAUGGUACUUCUUUAGCCCACGAGACAGGAAGUACCCAAAUGGAGUGAGGCCAAACAGAGCGGCAGUGUCUGGGUAUUGGAAGGCCACUGGGACCGAUAAGGCCAUCUUGAGUGGGUCGAAGCAUAUUGGGGUGAAGAAAGCUCUGGUUUUCUACAAAGGGAAGCCACCAAAAGGUGUCAAGACUGGUUGGAUCAUGCAUGAGUAUCGACUCCUUCAUUCCACCACAACACAACCCAACAAUCACCUUGGCUCCAUGAGAUUGGAUGACUGGGUUUUGUGCAGGAUCAAGAAGAAGAACACGGGGGAGACAAUAAUGGAGAAAGAGGAAUUUCUCAGUACUGCGAAUGGCAAAGAAACAGCUACAGGAAAUUAUUAUUAUUAUAAGAGUGAGGAGCAAGAAAUGAUGAAACAUGUUCCGAGGACUUGUUCAAUUGCUCGUCUUGUGGGUAUGGAUUAUUAUCAUCAGGGCUCAUCAUCAUCAGUUUCACAGAUAUUUUCCGAUCAACGCUAUAAUUCAACCUUUGAUCUUCAAAAUAACGCUUCCGAUUCUAGAAUAAUAGAUUCUUUUGUCGUCAAACCUCAGAUAUUAUUGCCGGACAAUAAUUAUGCAGAAGGAGAUUCAGGGAAGUUUCAAGAGAUGAAACAGAGUAGCAGCGUCCAACCACCAAUGUUAGUAAACCAAGUGUAUUAUCUGCGAGGAUAUGGCCAAUGAAGAAUAUGAUUGAUUGGAUUAUUAAUUUAGACAUGUAUUCAAAUGGAUCCACGUCAUUCAUCGUCAGAUCAGAUUCUUUCUCGACAUACAUCUAUUAUUUGACAACAGGAAUCGAAGCUCAGUCACAUCCAAUCAGAAAGCUCGUGAUGAAGUUACCACUGUCUGUGUGUGUGUCAUGCAAAACAAGUCAUUUAAUCGGUAGUUAAAUGCUUAAAUGGAUGUUUGGUUUCAUGUUAAAAAUGCAAAUAGUUAGUUUA